AUGCCGUUCCCAUACAAGACGGUGCUCAUCACAGGAGCAACAUCAGGCAUCGGUCUUGCACUGGCCGAGCGCAUGAUAUCUGCGGGCAUUUUUGUCAUUACAAUUGGCCGUCGCAAAGAUCGUCUUGAAGCCCUGGCUGAGAAAUAUGGCAGCGAGAAAGUCGCUGCUGAGCCAUUUGAUGUGUCGGACUUGGACGCCAUGCCCGCGUGGGAUCACAUCCAAGUACCCCCGUCUCGACUCCAUCAUUCUCAACGCCGGCUUCCAGCGGUCCCUCGACUUCACGUCCCCGUCCACCAUCUCCUUGUCGUCCGUCUCGGCAGAGCUCACCACCAAUUAUCUCUCCCUCCUCCACAUGGUCUCCCAUUUUCUCCCGCACCUGAUCUCGCUCGCCCCAUCCCCGACGUCCAUUGUUCUUGUCUCCUCAGGUCUCGCUGUCCUCCCCCUGCCCCGAUGCGCAAAUUACUCCGCCACCAAAGCCGCCGUGCACAGUCUGGCUUGGUCACUCCGGUGCCAGCUUUCCGGUCCGGAAUCACCUCAUACCCACCACAUCAAGGUAAUUGA